ACACAACUGUGGACAUGGAGAGGAUGCUGGUGUGGUCUGUUCAGCACUCCUCCCUAAGCCCAGCAUCUCCAUGAAUCCUGCUGCUGAGGUUACCUGGGGUCAGAACGUCGGCAUCACUUGUUCUGUCUCAACUCAAACUCAACAGAUUUUAAGUCCAACAUUUAUUUUGAAAAAGGCUUCAAGUUCAGUUGGAGAGACCCAAACGUCAAGUACCAACUCUGCUACCUUCAACAUGCGUGGAGUCAACUUUGACAACGAAGGAUCAUACCAGUGUCAGUAUAAGAUAACAGUUGCAGGUAAAGACUUCACCUCCUCAAGUGACUCUGUCAGCCUUUCUGUUACUGUGCCGCUGCAGCAGCCCAACAUCUCCCUAACAUCUCCUAACAGAGGGCUGGUCUGGGGCCCUGAAGGUGCACAGAUCACCAGGGGUUUCAGCUUUGUCUUCACCUGCUCCACUUCCUCCCAUUAUCCUGAAGGUGUUUUCCAUCUCAUCUUCUCUGGUUCAAACCUCACCAACACAGAGCCAGCAGUCAACCAGUCAGCCUCCUUUUCCUUCCCCGUGGCUGAGUAUGAACAACAGGGAAACUACAGCUGUGUGUAUGAAGUCACACUGUCCUCGAGAAGAUUCACUUCUACACAGACAGCACCGAUUAGUGUCGUCAUUAAAAUGCAUUUGUUCCUGCUGGUCUCUUCAGUAGCUGCUGGGGGUCUGCUGCUGCUCCUGCUAGUCUUGGUGGUGGUCUGUCUGGUCUGCAAGAGAAGACGACGAGCCAAGCACACUGGAGCCCUCGUCCAAACUCAAUUGGCUGUCAGAAUCAGGAAUGCUUAUGAAGAUGAGUAUGAGGACGACGAGUCUGACUAUGAGAAUGUUGAUCCAAUGGACACCAAGAAGAAUCUUAAAGAGGAAGCAGGGAAAGGGGAGGAAGAGGAGACCAAUGAUUAUGUGGAGCCAGAGAGCGACGAAGAUCAUGAUGAUGAGGAAGCGUGCCCAAGUGCAAGUAUUAUAAAGACCAAUGAUAUCAAUUUCAGCCUUUAA